GUUCUGUCGAGACGGCGGGGUGCAAUAAUGGCCGAUGAGAUCGAUCCGCUGGAUGCAUUCAUGCUUGGGAUUGAAGCCCAAGUGGCGCAGGAGCGCACGUCCCACCGAGAAACAACGGCGAUGGAGAGGUGUUCGUUUGAAGAAGAGGUCAAGGAGUCCAGGAUUGCUAUCGGGAAAGGUACCGCGGCAACUGCAACCCAGCCCAACCAAGUAUUCGAAGACGACGUGGAAGAAUGGAACCGACUGAACAAGAACCAAGACAUGGAAGAACUUGCUCCACUUGAUCACUCGACCGUGGCGUAUGAAUCAUUUCGGAAAGCAUUCUAUACGCCCGCCACGGCACUGAAUGCAAUUGAAAUUUCCCAGCUUCGGCGGGAGCUCGACAUCCGUGUGGAGCUCCGCCCAGGCGACGUUGACAUUGCCCCUAUCCGAUCUUUUAUGCAAGCUGGAUUUAGUCGUCAACUGCUGGCGCUUCUCAUGAAACAUGGAUUGGAAGCUCCCACACCUAUCCAAGCGCAAGCGUUCCCAUUAGCAAUGUCUGGUCGCGACAUGAUUGGCAUCGCUCAAACCGGGUCGGGGAAGACUCUGUCCUUCCUCUUACCCAUGAUGGUGCAUAUCAUGGACCAGCGACUACUUGAGAAGGACGAAGGGCCGAUAGCUGUGAUCCUGUCGCCCACACGAGAACUUGCCCACCAGAUCUACGUGGAGGCCAAGAAGUUUAGCAUGGACGCGAAGUGCGCGGCCAUUUACGGUGGUGCUGGCAACAAAUGGGACCAGAUCCAGUCAAUUCGAAAAGGUGCCGAGAUCGUUGUGGCCACACCCGGCCGGUUGAUGGAGCAUUUACGCAAACGAGUGAUCAAGAAUCUCCAUCGUGUGACUUUCGUCGUGCUGGAUGAAGCCGACCGUAUGUUUGAGAUGGGGUUUGAGUCGCAAUUGAGGUCUAUCUUGGGGCAGAUUCGCCCUGACCGGCAAACACUGCUCUUUUCAGCGACAUUUCGCCGCCGCAUUGAAACGCUGGCGCGCGAUGUCCUGACCAACCCGGUCAAGAUCAUUGUCGGCACUGUCGGGCAGGCCAACGACGAAAUCAAGCAAAUGGCCGUCGUCGUUCCAACAAAGGAGGCCAAGUGGAAUUGGCUCAUGAAGAAUCUCCCUAUGUUGACGGAAGAAGGGAAGCUGCUCAUUUUCAUCGGGUCCAAGGCAGGGGUCGACGAACUGGCCGCGAGCUUGAAUGGACUGGGCGACGUGUACCCGUGCGUAUCGCUGCAUGGAGACAAGUCCCAGUUUGAUCGUGCCGACGCGUUGCGGCGUUUCAAGUCGGGCAAGUGCCCGAUUUUGGUUGCCACCGACGUGGCGGCGCGGGGACUCGACAUCAAGGAUAUCAAGAAUGUCGUCAACUACGACGUUGCUAAAAACAUUGACACGCACGUUCAUCGCAUUGGGCGAACGGGGCGCAUGGGAAUCGACGGGGUAUCGCCUGGGACGGCGUAUACGUUGGUCACACCCAAGGACCAAGACUUUGCCGGGCACUUGGUCAACAAUAUGGACUUCACCAACCAACCGGUAUCGUCGGAGCUCUUGGCGGUCGCGUCCAAGUCGCAGCAUUUCCAGCGAAAGAACCCACGUCCCGUCCAUGCGACAUCGUCGUCUUGUGUUGGAGGGAGCUCCUUUGGUGCAACGUCGAGGCGGGAUGAGUUUGAUGCCGAUGAUUUAGCCGAACGCGAAUCGUCCGGCUUUUUCCAAACCCGGCCCAAGACAAAAAAAGAGCAGCGUCAAGGUCUCGGGUUUGGCAGUAACUCCACCUACCAGCCCCACCGCGGACAGGGCAGCGCACCUCCUCGGGGGGCAACGAACAUGAUGGGGUUCGUAGCAGCCACAACCACUCAGCCUUGCCCGUCCCCACCCCAUCCACGCCGACUCGACCCAGUUCUGCCAUCCAACCCACCGAGGAAAAGCAGAUGGGACCAAGUUGACGAAGACGAUCACGAGCUUGCUGCCCUGCCACCGGCGAAACGAAGUCGAUGGGACCAGAGUUGAUUGCAAAAUGUAUACAUAUUGGGCGUUCUUUUCAUAUUCUAUCCUUCCGUAAAAUGAAUCUACCACAUGCAUAUGUCCUAAG